UUGGUUUCGGCAGGUCCGCACAGCUGGCUUUCGUCAGGAACCCUUUCUUCCGAGACUGUCCAGGACUACUAAACCAGAAGAUCAAGACCUCAGAACCAGGCGAUGGACGUCCUUCUCCCCCACCGACUCGCCGGCGCCGAUCUUCGAACAAGUGAAUCGUUUGACUGCGAGGAUGCUUUUGGUCACGGCCCCUUCCAGAGGAGGAUGCUCUUUCUCAUUCUUCUGGGACUCUUCUCGACUAAUUGCCAAACCGUGGUGAUUACCCUCGUCACCGGUGACGUCGACCAUUGGUGCAAGCCGCUAGCCGGUUUCAACAUCACUGCAGCCGAUUGGAAGAAUAUUGCCAUACCGAUCGAGGCCGACGGACGCUUCAGCCGCUGCCGCAUUUACGAACGCUGCAAGCCACCCGCUGAACACGGCGAUUCCGCUGAGCAUCGCAAGAUCGGCGCUGCACUAACCGGGGCCGACGAGUGGUACAACCGAUGUUUACUGGACACCAGCGACCCACGCGUCGUGCCCUGUGAAGAGUGGGACUACGAUGUUAGGACGGCCGAGGCAAGUGCGGUGAGCUCUUGGAACAUGGUGUGCGACCAACGUUUGCUUCCGGCCACCCUUGUCGCCCUGCAGAACGCCGGUGCCGUUGUUUCCCUCAUCCUGGCCGGAGCCUUCGUAGACUACGUCGGCAGGAGAGCCAUGCUACUGUCCUCCGCCACAGCGGUAAUGACCUGCAUGGUGUGCACCUUCGCAGCGACAAAUUACGUGCGCUACGCUGUGGUGCGCUUCCUUACCGGGGCCAGUGUCGCGGUACACAUGAUUUUUACCUGCCUCAUACCAUUCGAGGUGAUGACGCACGCGCACAGGCCGCAGCAAGUCCUUCUCCUCGCGGCUCUGGCCCUGACGUUAUGUGAGGUUUGGAGUGUCAUCAUCAAACCCAUGGUCAUCGACUGGCGUCUAAAGCAGGUCAUGUUCCUGGCCCCGACGGCUCUCCUGCUCCCGGCUUUGUCUACCGCCCGAGAGUCACCUCGUUGGCUCGUCGCGAAAGGAAGGCUGGACGCGGCCGAAGCCGUCAUGAUGCAGGCUGCCGAAACCAACAAUACCUCGCUUGCUGUCACGGCCUGUCUCGUGGAGAAACUGAGAGAACAGAUCAAGAACCACGCAAGUCGUGAAGGUGCGGACACAGAAGACUUGGUCGACUAUCGCUCCCUCCGGCGUCGAGCGUUGGCCAUGUUUGCCGUGUGCUUCUCCAUAUCAUUUGUUUUUUACCUUGACGCCUUCUCGACGGCGCAGUAUAACGAAUUUUGGAUCCCAUGCCUCACGGUUGUCGUCACACUCACGACGUACGCGGGGAUGCACUUCCUGAUGACCGGCGUCGUACUCGUCAGAGUGCUCAGCGUCUGCUUCUUGUUGACGGGCUCCAUACAAUGCGCGCUGAGUCUGACGGUCGGUACUGGAUACGCCACGAUCAGCAAGACCUUACUCGUCCUGUCCAAGGGCGUCUCUAACGUAAUCCUUAUACACUGUUUCACCUACGUCCUGGAACUUUUUCCAUCCGCCGUGCGCGCCGGUGUCGCCUGCUGGGCAUUUGCCUCCGGGCGUGUCGCGGCCGUGUGCGCGACAAUCACCCUCGUCCUGAAGCCAGCUGGACACGAAGACCUGGUGUUCGCCGUUGCAGGACUUUUCCUUUUCAUAUCCCUUCUCGUCAUCCGGGUCCUUCCACGGACGACAGUGGUGGAAGAAGCACUAAUCGUGUCCAGACGGUCUUCAUACUUCACCAGGGUGUCCAUGAAUUACAUGAAACAAACCCUCGUACAGAGCAUAUUAAGCAAUAAGUCCAAGACCGGAAGCGUGGAGAGCUCCAAGUCAGCCAGCAGGAAGAGUGGGAGAAGCGGUGGCAGCAAAAGUCCUGGAAGUUCUAAAGUGUCUCGUCGAUUUCGUACCGAGCAAAUGCUGGAAUGAAGCCACCGGAAGCUCAGCAUGAAAUGACUGGGCGCGAUGUCCUGUUGGCGACAUCAAAAAGUUGCUUCUUGAGUUCGUAUCUGCUAUAAUUAUGAUUUUAAAUGUUCAUUCGCACUCAACCCAAAAUAAAGCACAAACUUAUGUUCUAACUUCCUA